AUGCGUAGAAAUUCCACUACAGAUUUAUUCCCAAGAAUAGAUAGAAACGAUGAUCGUGAUCGAAGACAACUAGAUGUACAAAAUCCAAAUCUAACUAUUCACCAAUGGCUUGGUGGUCAUCAACCAAAUAUUGAUCCUACGACCAAUUCAUCUAGAAGAGAACGACGUUCCACUUCAUUUGAUAGUACUUCAUCUAACCCAAGACAACGAACCGUACUGCCUUAUCUUCAAAAUCCAAGAUGGAAUGGUCCGUCAAGAAAUAAUGUUAGACGAAUAGGAAUAACUAUAGAAAGCACAUUAUAUCGUUCUGGAAUAUCUCGAGCAAUAUCUAUGUCUACAAUUGAUCCUUCAAGUCCGCCGAAUUCACGGCGCCCUUCGAUAUCAGUAAAUCUUUACAUUGAUCAAGAAAAUCUUCCCCCCAUUGUCUCAUCACCAUUACCAUCUCCAAAUGUUUCUUCAAAAGAUCAUUACUGUUCACUGAAAUUAAAUUGUUUAUUACCAGAUACUGAUAAAAAACAAAUAAAUCAUAUUCGUCAAAUGAUUCCUGAUGGAUUUGAAAAAUUAGUUCCUGUAUUCGUUAAAUUACAAGUUCUUAUUGUUCCAGAAAGUUUUCUUGAAAUAAAUAAACAUCGAUUGACAAAUAAACAAUUAAUCGAACGAUGUCGAUUAAUAAUAUCAAUGAGAAAAGAUGAACACUGUAUUUUAUAUCAACAACACGUUCAACGUUUAUAUGGAAAUGGUCAGUUAGAUAAUAAUUCAACUCUCUCAUAUGAAGGACAAUUAACAUUACUUGAAACUUAUAAAGAUCAAAUUGAAUAUGAAUUAAAUAAAAGAAUUAAACAUUGGAAUUCAAUACCAAUGAUAUCUUCAACAGCAAAAACAAAUACUCCUGACCAUGUUUCUUUAUCUGAUAGACUAUCAUCUAAUCAAAAAUCAUCGAAAAAUAAUCAUUUAAUUAGAUUGAAUAGCGAUGAUGAUUUAUUAAAUAUUUCAACAUCGGAUAAUCUUGAUUAUCAAUGGAAAAAAAAAUCUGUUGUUUUUGUUAUCGAAAAAGGAAUGGAUUUAUUUCGUAAAGUUACAUCAUUAUCUUUCUCGGUCUUAACAAAUAUUCAUUCGAAUGAACAACAUACUACACCUGAAUCUUAUAAACAAAAUCUUGUUAAAGAAUUUAAGCAAUGGUUAUAUCUAUGGUCUACUCUGUAUACAAAUGAUAAUCAUAUCAAUUAA